AUGAACAAUACAGAACCUUUACGGCUUCUCGAUGUUUCACAUGAUUAUAUAAGCGAUAUAUGCUUUGACACUGAGCAAUCUCUUAUAGCGGUUACUGCAUGGGACGGUUCGUUAUCGAUAUAUGAAUACGGCAAUGAAACCGAACCAGUCAGAUUACUUCAAAGGAUCCGCCAUCAAUAUCCAUUAUUGAGCUGUUGCAUAAUACACAUAAAUAAUACUACUCAGUUUUUCGUCGGAACUGUCCAGGGAGAGGUACUGAGGGCUCUAUGCGAAGAAGAUCGGUUUGUCUCAAUUGAAGAGAAUCCCGCCCAACUCGGUAUCAUACGAAUGCUGCCAUGGAGAUCAAAUUGUAUUAUAGCGGGGUCAUGGGAUGGAACCAUACUAGUGCUUGAGUGUAGUGAAUUUUCUGCCACUAUUACGGCAAAGAAGAAACUAGAGGGCAAAAUCCUUUCAAUGGAUUGUAACAGCAAUUACUUGAUACUGGUUCUAACAGGUAACAAAAUUGAAUGGUGUGAUUUGCCCUUGAAUAGAGAUGGUAUGGGACUAUUAAAACGGGUAGAUUCACCGUUAAAGUACCAAGUAAGAGAUAUAAAGUUGACUCCAAACAGUGAUGGAUACGUUGUAAGCUCUAUUGAUGGAAGGGUUGCUGUUGAGUAUUUUGAAGAUUCUGCCAAACAAUUUGCCUUCAGAUGCCAUCGCAUGAACUUGACUGAUGUCCAAUUUGUGUUCCCCGUAGACACCUUAGGGUUUGAACCCAAUUCUGACAUCCUUUACACGGGCGGCUCAGAUGGCUGCAUUUCAGGAUGGAACCUCACUACAAAAAGGAAGAUAAAACAGUUUGCUAAAUUUGACGAAAACAGCGUAGUCAAAAUAGCUGUUAAUGAAGGGUACAUAUGUGUAGCCACAUCAGAUGACUCUUUCAAGACCAACCCAACAUUCUCUCAAGACGUUGAUUUGCAGCCGAGCAGUUUGUAUCUGAUAAAACUGUAA